AUGGCUCAAAUUCCCAACUUAGACAACGCUCCUCUGAAUCUCACGUCCCUAAGAGAUCAGUCUCAGAAGGAGCUCAUAACCAUCCUGAAAAAUAUUCGAGGAAAGAAGUGCUUGGUUAUCGAUCCAAAGCUCGGUGGCUCUCUCUCACUUAUCAUCCAGACGUCACUCCUCAAGGAGCAUGGGGUUGAAUUGCGGCAUCUUACUGCAGACCCUGUUCAGACUGAGUGCACCAAAUUUGUUUAUCUUGUUCGGGCUCAGCUCGAUUUAAUGAAGUUCAUUUCCUUGCAAAUUCAUAAUGAUAUUUCAAAAGGGGUUCAAAGAGAACAUUUCCUUUAUUUUGUGCCUCGUCGAGCAGUUGCAUGUGAGAAGAUACUUGAGGAGGAAAAAGUUCAUCAUUUGUUGACGAUAGGGGAGUACCCAUUAUAUGUUAUUCCAUUGGACGAGGAUGUAUUGUCAUUUGAACUCGACCUUGCUUAUAAAGAAUGUCUAGUUGAUGGUGAUACAACCUGUCUGUGGCAUAUAGCGAAAGCCAUCCACAAGCUUGAGUUCUCUUUUGGAGUCAUACCAAAUUUGAGAGCCAAAGGGAAAGCUGCAGUACGGGUUGCUGAUAUUUUGAAUCGCAUGCAGGCUGAAGAACCUGUUAACUCAUCUGAUAUGGGCGUGCCAGAGAUAAGUACUCUCAUCCUUCUUGACAGAGAGGUGGACAUGGUCACUCCUAUGUGUUCUCAAUUGACAUAUGAGGGGCUGCUGGAUGAGUUUCUUCAUGUCAAUAAUGGUGCUGUGGAGGUAGAUACGUCUAUCAUGGGUGUCCAGCAAGAGGGAAAAAAGAUAAAGGUUCCCCUUAAUUCAAGUGACAAACUGUUCAAGGAGAUACGGGAUCUCAACUUUGAAGUCGUUGUCCAGGUUCUACGUCAAAAAGCAACAUCCAUGAAGCAGGACUACACAGAGAUGACAACUACAACUCAGUCAGUUUCUGAAUUGAAGGAUUUUGUCAAAAAGCUCAACUCAUUGCCAGAAAUCACUAGGCACAUAAAUCUUGCUCAGCAUUUGUCCACGUUUACAUCAAAACCUUCUUUUCUUGGACGACUUGAUAUGGAACAUACGGUGGUGGAGGCUCAAAGCUAUGAUAUAUGCUUCGAGUACAUCGAAGAAAUGAUCCAUAAGCAGGAGCCUCUCGUCAGUGUCCUACGUCUCCUCAUAUUAUUUUCUACUACAAAUUCGGGGUUACCAAAAAAGAAUUUUGACUAUUUGAGGAGAGAGCUGCUUCACAGCUAUGGUUUUGAGCACAUGGCUACGUUGAAUAAUUUAGAAAAAGCUGGGCUGUUCCGGAAACAGGAGUCCAAAAGCAACUGGUUGACGAUAAAACGUAACCUGCAGCUUGUAAAUGAUGAUACUGACACUGCCAAUCCCAAUGAUAUCUCCUAUGUUUUCUCUGGAUAUGCUCCUCUCAGCAUUCGCAUUGUUCAGCAUGCAAUUCGAUCUGGAUGGCGCUACAUUGAAGAAACAUUGAAGCUGCUGCCUGGACCACACUCGGAUACGAAGAGAAGUGGAUUUGCAAGCAGUCCAUCACUUGACACUCUUCCAGGGUCUCUGCACAGUGUGGACAAAAUUGGUGACGGAAGGCGCUCUUUAGUCCUGGUUGUUUUCAUUGGAGGGGUAACAUUUGCAGAGAUAUCUGCACUUCGUUUUCUCAGUGCCCAGGAAGGGAUGGCAUAUGACUUGAUUGUAGGGACAACAAAAAUUGUCAACGGCGAUACCUUCACCGAAUCAUUCAUAGAGAAAUUGGGUUGA